AUGGGGAAAACAGAAGUGUCCGCGCAGACGCUGCUCCAACGCCGCGGGCGGCUCACCCGUCCGCGGCGACACGGUGAGGAAUAUGUGGAGGUUUCGAUGCCCACCGUAGCGCAGACGUCCGUUUUUAAGGAUAUCGCGCGAUUUGUGCCGGUGAAGGACAUUAUCGCCGGGGGAUUGGCUCGAGCGGCAAGUCAAAGCACGAUCCAUCCUUUGGACACGGUGAAGGUGCGCAUGCAAGCCGCCUUGAAGGGUGUGUCUACGACUGCCGCGAGCACUCUGCCGAGCGGUGGUAAGUACGGUGUGGGUUUGGGUGCGGUCACGAACGGUGCGGUGAGCCUUGGGCAGCGAUCUUUGACGUCCGCGGCGAAGGCUGGAGCGCUUAAGGCGACUGCUGAGCUCGGUAUGUUAUAUAAGGGCUGCUUCGGCGCCGCCUCCGGUGCGGGCCUUGCCAUUGGUACGUACUUUGCGUUCUACGGCACUGCAAAGAAGUUGCUGCAAGAGAAGUCUGAUAUGCCCGUCUCGACGAUCGCUUUCGUCGCGGGAGGUAUCGGCGCUCUCGGCUCCUCCAUCGUCAAAGUUCCCGCCGCCGUUUGCAUCCGUUCGGUGCAAGCCGGUGUGUACCCGAACGUCAUCACCGCCGGACGCAGAAUCACCGCAGCCGCCGGUCCCCGGGGUUUAUUCACCGGUUAUAUUCCAACGCUUCUUGAAGAUGUCCCAGACAUGGCUGUCAAGUUUGCAGCGUAUGAGACUCUUCGAACGAUGCAUCGCACGUUUACAAAGAAGAGCAAGGAUGAAAGUAGCGCUGGUGCCGACAUCGCGAUGGGCCUCAUCGCGGGCUCCGUCGCCGCCGCCGCUACUACUCCUUUGGAUGUGGUGAAAACCCGGAUGAUGUGCAACGCCUCAUCUCGCCCCAGCUUCGGCGGCGCCAUUAUGAGCGUUUGGAAAGACUCGCCCGCAGGCACGGGUCGCGUCCGAGCGUUCUUCACUGGCGUUCGUCCUCGCGCGAUUUCGAAUGGUAUCAAUUCGGCCAUCUUCUUUUGCUUCUACGAAGCCCUUCGCUCCGGCAUGGUUCGUGCCGAAACCGAACGCGAAGAGCAGCGUCGUCGUGAAAAAGAGGCUGGUGUCGAUUUGAAGAGCUGUCGACGCGCGUUACACAACAGCGGAGUGUCCGUCGACGCCGUGCACUACUCUACGCACUCACACGUGGGUCGUGUCACCGAGGCGUCGAUGACUCUCGCGCUGUCCAAGAAGAAAAGAAAGAAUGCUUAA